CCCGUGGCGCCCUCGUGGCCCCCUCGUGGCGCCCUCGUGGCACGAGCCCCCGCGGGCGCCCCGCGAAGGAUGGACUUUCCCCGCACGCUGCAGCCCACGCUGUUCACAGCCGGCCCCCUAGGCCUGAGCGACGCCCCCAGCCUGUCCUUGACCAGCAGCUGGAAGGAAGCCCUGAGCCUGCCCGAGGCUCUGCCGCGGGACCCCAAGACUGGGGCGUCACCCUCGGCAACGCGGCUGCUCUGGGCGCCGGAGACCCCUGGGCCCCUCCCCCUGCUGCCUCCUGGGCCAGAGCCCUGGGACCCUGGGGUGAUGGCAGUGGACCUGCUCUUCCGUGGAGGUCGCUCGUUCCGGAGGGCGCCGCGUGUCGUGUUGGAUGCCACCGAGCAGCUCAGCCACUUCAUGUGGGACCAUGGUGAUGUGGCCUUUGCCCCGCUGGGGAAGCUGAUGCUGGAGAACUUCAAAUUGGAGGGCGCGCGGAGCCGCUCAAAGAGGAAGACGGUGGUCAGCGUGGAGAGGCUUCUGCAGGACCUUGGCGGAUACCAGCCCUGGGGCUGCCCCUGGGCCCACAUGAGUCACCGGCUGCGCCGCUUCUCCAUCCUGGGGGGGCCGGUGCUGGGGCACUCGGUGGCCACGCUGCUGGCCGAGCUGCUGCGGGAAGAGCUGGCGCUGCGCUGGCAGCAGCUGCUGCUGGACGACGCGGUCACGGGGGGCGCCCUGGCCUGGGUGCCCGGCCCCCUGCCCCACGCCGGGCAGCUGGUCUGCCCUGCGGGCGGCGCCCUGGACCAACUGCAUCUGCUCGAGGUCAGCGUGAACACAGAGGGGGACCCUGAGGUACUCGGGGAGCCCAGGCGUAUCCAGCUCCGGGGGCCCGUCCGGCAGGUGGCGACCCGCACGGUCCAGGGAGAACCCCUGCUGGCCGUGCGCUCCGACUACCACUGCGGCCUGUGGAAGCUGGACAGGCGGGGCCGGCCGGCCGCUGUCCAGGUGCUGCAGGUCACGAAGGGCGCUACUGGGGUCAGCCUCAGCCCUCACCUGCCUGGGGAACUGGCCGUCUGCAGCCAGUCAGGAGCCGUCUGUCUCUGGAGCCCCCAGGACGGCCUGCGGCAGGUGUACAAGGACCCCCAGACCCUGGUGUUCCGGGACCCCUCCCCCUGGCGCUGGGCAGACUUCUCCGCCCAUCCUCGGGUGCUGACCGUCGCUGACCGCACCGGGGUGAAGAUCAUUGACACGCAGGGCCCCCGGGGCUGCGGCCUGCUGCUCUUCCGCGCAGGCGCAGAGGCCUCGUGCCAGAAGGGGGAGCGCAUCCUCUUGGUCAAGCACCUGGGGGAGCCCGUGCACCCCACACUCCACCUCGUCUGCACCCAGUUCUCCCUGUACCUGGUGGACGAGCGCUUGCCCCUGGUGCCCAUGCUCAAGUGGACCCACGGCCUCCCCUCGGCGCCCCUGCUGGCCCACCUGCUGCCGGCGCCGGCGCCGGGCCUCCCGCACCCGCUGCUCCUGGGGAGCCAGGGCGGGCAGGUGCAGCUCCUGACCUUCACGGGAGACAGCGCCUCGGCCCCCCGCCUGGCCGGGCCGCCCCAGUCCCUGCCCUGCAGGAGCGAUUCCCUCUCGGCCUUCCCUCUACUGGAGCCCAGCAGCCACCGGAGGCUGCAGGAGCGGCUGAGCGCCCCGACCAUAGGUCUGACCGCCAUCAGUCCGCCCUCCACCGGCGCGUCCACCCCGGUCCUACUGCUGCUCCAGCUCUCCGCCGCGGGGGACGUCUUCCACCAGCGCCUCCGCCUCCGGGCAGACCCCCGGCCUCCCGGGGAGGACGCGGAGCCCGGCGCCCGCGCGCCCGCCGCCUCCUGGACCCCCGCGGCCGCGGCCUGCUGCAGCCGCUGGCUCCAGGCCCUGCUCCGGGUGCCCGCGCCGCCCCCCGCCUGGGCCGCACCCACCUUCUCGCCCCGCUGCUCGCUGCGCUGCGCCAAACUGCAGGCACCGGCCGGGCGCGUGCCCGAGGGUCUCCGCGCCGCCAUGGCCGGGGGGCGGCCGCUGCAGCGGGGGGACCUGGGCCCGCCGCCGGCCGCCGAGCCGCCGCCGGCCCCCGAGCCCGGCCCCGACGACGAGCUGGCCGAGCGCCUGGAGGCGGCCUGGGACGGCCAGCUGGCCGCCUGGUGGCAGCGGCGGCUGGGCGGAGGCGCGGCGCCCGGGGCGCGGCGGCGGAGGACCAAGCGCCGCGCCGCGCUGUCCAGUACCUUCUCGUCCCUCAGCUGCCGCUCGGACCUCCCCAGCCCCCCGCGCAGCCCGGCCGCCGCGGCCCCCGACGCCCCCGAUGCCCGCCCGCGGCCCCCCGCCACGCCACCCGCCCCGGAGCCCGAGCUGGGCGCCCCCGAGCCCUGGGCGCGCCGCAUCCCCGCCGAGCGCCAGCGGACCCUGCGCGACUACAUGGCCGAGCUGCCGCUGCGGGGGGCCGCGCCCACGCCCACGCCCACGCCGCCCUCGCAGACCCCCAGCCUUGGGGCCAGCCCCCGCCGGCCGCCGCUUCCCGGCUCCCAGGCCUCCGCCCCCGCCACCCCGGCCAUCCCCAGGCCCCGCAAGCGCGCGCGCAUGGGCUUCUGA